AGCCGUAGGGUCAAGUCUGGCGAGACGAGGCUGGGUAGGCCAGAGCUUGGAAGCUUGCUACCUCCUCCCAGCAUGCAGGCUUGUACGGCAGGUUUAACCCGGGCUCACUGCUAUCUCCUCUCGCUCUGCAUGCGCAUCUCAUCACUGCUGCGCGACCACUUAGUCUGCGUUCUCGGAGACCACACUUUACUGAACAGCUUACAGCGCAUCCUGCACCUUCACCUUCCAUCUCAUCUCCAGCCACCCCACAUUAUGGCCCGCGCAGCUGCAGUGCGACGACGAGCUUUGCUGAGUCUGAUCGCAUUGCCAGCAGCACUGAGGAUUGUCAGCGCGCAGACAGUCUACUACUUCUCUGGCGCAGUUUCGGUCAUCUCGCAGCAGACCGGCUCGCCUGCAGUUCCGGCUGUGUGUCCAGCAGGCUACCCUAUACAAUGCAACAACAUCAACCCAAACUACUGCUGCCCCUCAAACAACGUCUGCUCAAACAACAACAACUACGUCGCCUGCUGUCCGAACGGCGUCCAAUGCUCCGGCGCAAUAGGCGGCGCGAACGGCUACGCACCGCUCUCCACAACACAAUACUACACCACAUACGUGCAGCCGACGACAGUCUACACCCAGCCCCAAGCGACAACAGUCUAUGGUGCUGGUGUGGUGACAGUGCAACAAGCGACGACGGUGUAUCCGGCGGUUACGACGCCGCAGACGACGACUCAGAUAUACUAUGGGCAGUACUGCGCGACGUAUACCGAGGUUGGGGUCAAUGUGCCGACGACGGCGAGAGGGGAUUGCGGAACUGUGUUGAUCGUGGCGCCGUCGGAGGGAGCUCGGAGUGCCGUGAGCUGGUUAGGGAUGGGUGUGUUUGUUGUUCUGCUGCACAUGUUUGGUGCUUUGGUUCUGCCGCGAAGAUUGUUAUGAUACCCAUUUACUUUUGAUGAGUUACGAUGUAUAUACGCACAACGAACCUCGUGGGCUCCCUACAUUCGAAUCG